AUGCCUUACCACCUUGGGCACAACCUCCUCACCUACCUGCAUUGCAUCUUCGGGCGCAUAGAGUUGACCGCAGCAGACACCCCUCCAGCCUCCAGCCUUCGGCCUCCCGACAUCCCGACCUCCCAACCUCCCAACCUCAAUCACACUCCCACCUUGGACGAGAAGCAGCGGCCCUCCUUGGCUCGACACCUAGACCUGAACGUGGACCUAAAGCUGGGCCUGACCUGUCUCGACGCAGCCACAGGGGAGAGCUCUGGCGUAAUCUUCUCGUCAGUCGUCCCAGCCAGCCUGCCGUCCAACUACGUAGGGCUUUUUCUCGACACCACAUUGCUCCAUCUCAAUCCUGCGAGCUCGUUUUCAUCCUCCGCCACCACCGCCCUGGCUGUCACUGGCACUGCCUCUCUGGGCCGAACCGACCAAACCCCGUCCAAUUCGAACCUCUGA